UGAUUGCCGCCCGCCAUGGCAGAGAAACUUCUCAGUUCUCCUUCCCUAUAGCUAGUUUCUCCUCAUCUUUUCCACCUCCUCUAAUGAACCUGCUCUAAGCCCACAAAAUUUAAUUUUUACAGGCCCCCAGCUUUUAUUGCUGCUUUCUGGAUUUUCCUAUCUUGCAGCGACCAGGGAGGACAGAAUUAAUUCCGGUUCAAACCAGAAUAAGUUAUCACUAUCCCAUCAAGUUCUACACAACAUUGUAUAUUCGUAUAUUCCACCGAUUAGAGGUUUUCCUUGUCUGAGAUCUAAAACAGAACUGAAACAAUGUUCAAAUCGUGGAGCAAGAAGCAGAAGAUCAAAGCUGUAUUCAAAUUACAGUUCCGGGCAACUCAGGUGCCGAAGUUGAAGAAAUCGGCUUUGAUGAUAUCUUUGGUGCCAGAUGAUGUGGGGAAGGCAACAGUGAAGCUAGAGAAAGCUGCAAUUCAGGAUGGAACUUGUUUCUGGGAGAAUCCUGUCUAUGAAACAGUCAAGCUUGUUAGAGAGAUAAAAACAGGAAAAAUCAAUGAGAAAAUUUACCAUUUUGUUGUUUCAACUGGAUCAUCCAAAUCUGGCUUUGUAGGUGAAGCUUCGAUCGAUUUUGCAGAUUUUGAGGCGGAGACUGAACCCAUGACUGUUUCCCUACCUCUUAAGUUUGCAAACUCUGGUGCCAUAUUACACGUUACCAUUCACAAGAUGGAAGGGGAUAAUGACCAAGGGGAUAUUGAAGAGAGUGGAGGCGCAGCACUUCAACAUGAGAAUAGCUUUAAUAGCCAGCUUAGCUUUUCUAGUACAGAAGGCAACCAUUAUCUCACAGAAAAUGGUGACCAAAAUACAUUACGUGAGGAUGCUGAACAAAAUGGCAACUCUAGAGUGCCCCCUGGCUCUAGUUCAGCUAAAUUUGCAUCAUACUGGGAUGGUAAUAAUGGUGAAAGAAGUACUCAACAGGGUUCCAGAUCAAUGACGAAUGGUGUACGAAGUCCUACCCUCUUGUCACCCCCUAGACAGAACUCCAUGCCUAGGAAGGCAACAGUUGACACCACUAGAGUGAAAAACCAAGCACACGAGCGAUCAAAUACAGAAUGGUCCCUGGGUUCAGCUUCAGAUGGAAGUUUUGGCGACUCUGCAAAUAGUCCUGAAGAAAACACUGCAAGAGAGAGGAUGCACCAGGUCCCUAAUAGUUCUAUUGAAAGAGUAAAGAAUGAAAAUGUAAUGCUCACGAGAAAGCUAGAAGUAACAGAACUGGAAUUACAGUCUCUUCGCAAACAGGUCACAAAGGAGACUAUACAAGGGCAGAAUCUAUCACGACAAAUCAUUUGCCUCACUGAGGAAAGAGAUUCACUCAAAACAGAGGGCAAACAACUCAAGUUCUUGAAGAAAUGCAAUGACGAUUCUGAGGACUCGAAGAAUUUGAAGUCCGAGAUUAAGGAAGCAAGGGUUCAGUUGGCAGCAAUAGGGGAGGAGCUUAAGCAGGAAAAGGAAGUACGAACUGAUCUUCAGCUACAACUGCAGAUAACAAAGGAGUCCAACUCUGAUUUAGUUCUUGCUGUGAGAGAUCUUGAAGAAAUGAUUGAGCUAAAAAAUAGGGUAAUAGCUGAUCUAUCAAGAAGUUUAGAAUCCUGGGAGAGUGAUAGAGAACAGGAAGCUGUUGGCCAUUGCAAAGAGAAUAAUGAUAAGGACCCAAAGCUCUCAAAAGAAUUGAUUCAAGAGUAUGACGAUGUCAAGGAAGUGGAUUUGUUGAAACAGGAGAUCAAAGAUUUAAAUAGUGAAAUAGAAAUGCACUUGAAGAACAUGGAAGAGCUAGAAAUGCAUUUAGAACAACUUAUGUCGGAAAAUGAAAUCCUCAAGCGAGAAAACAGUGACAUGUCUGCAAAGUUAGAGAGAAACAAGACAGAAUAUCAAAUAAAACAGAAUGAAUAUUCAGGUUCUCUGGCUGUUAUAAGAGAACUUGAAUCCGAAAUAGAAAGACUUGAAGAGAAACUCCAAAUACAAACCGAGGAGUUUUCAGAAUCUUUGAUCUCAAUUAAUGAACUUGAAGGUCAGAUCAAGCGCUUGGAGAGAGAAUUGGAAAAGCAGAAACACGAGUAUUACGAUGGACUCGAUGCCAUGAAACAUGCCAAUGUGAAAUUGGAAAAAAUGGCUAUAGAAGCCAAGGAAAUAUUGAGUAAGACAAGGUGGAAAAGUGCCAUAAAAGCCGUCAUUCUUCAGGAGAGAAGUAAAAAGUUCUCGAUGGAAAUGGCUUCCAAGUUAAAUGAUAAUGAAAAGAGAAUCACUAAAGCAGUCAAAGAAAUCAAUGAGUUGCGUCUGCAGAAAAUAGUAUUGAAAGAAAUGCUCCAGAAGUCUAAGGAAGAGUCCAGGCGAAAUAAAGAACAAAAUGAAGAAAAACUGCAUGGCCUUUCCUUCCAGCUAGAGUUAAAAGCAAAAGAAAUGCAUCACAUGUCAAUGGAGCUAGAUAACAAAUCUAGACGACUUGAAGAUGCAAAAAAGCAGGAAGACUAUCAGCAGGAGGAAAUCCAAAUGCUGAAAUCAAAUAUAGAAAAAAUAAAUGCAGAAAAGCACACUAAAAAGCAGGCAGAGAGAGAACAACCUGAAUGUUUGGUCUCUGAAAUGGAAGCAUUGGAAGAAAGAAGUAAAGAAAAGGAGAUUUUGGAAAAAGAGAUGGCUUUUUCGAAGAGAGAAGUAGAAAAGGCACAGGAAGAGCUUACUAGAAUUAAAGUUUCCAAACACGAGCAAGAUACAUUAAUCGACAAUCUGCUAGCUGAGAUGGAAAUUCUUAGAUCCCAAAUUAAUGAGUUAAAAAAGGAGUCACAGACAGAAAAUUCUGAGAAAGAAAACCUAAGAAAACAGGUAUUCCAAUUAAAGAGUGAACUAGAAAAUAAGGAGAGAGCUUCUGGCACAUCAAACAUCAAGUUGGAAAGUCAAGAAAUUUCAGCUUUGAAUCGAAACUUAGCAUCAAUUCAUAAUGGAUCUCAAACACUUGCGCAUACCAAACAGGAGCUUUCAACUUCAGGAGAGGUGAUGCAAUUGCUUCAGGAAACAAACCAUUCUGGUAUCACCAUAGCAAGUAAUAAAGAAGAGAAAGCGAACCAGAGCAAUGUAUAUGAAGCACUUUGUGGAAGGAAAGUGGACUCUAACUCAUCAAAUAAGGAACUGAAAUCGUCUACUGCUGGGAAAGGUACCGAGGACUGUAAUAUUGAUCUCCUUAAGGAGAUGUCUUCCCUAAAGGAGAGGAACCAAACUAUGGAAAGAGAACUGAAGGAAAUGGAAGAGAGAUACUCAGAAAUAAGUCUCAAAUUUGCAGAAGUAGAAGGCGAAAGACAACAACUUGUAAUGACUGUGCGAAACCUGAAAAAUAGUAAAAGAAAUUAGUAUUCAUGGCUCUAGCAGGAAAAUAUCGAGUACUUAACCAGAAAACUCGGAAUAACCAAAUUGGAAAUCACUUCACAAGUAUAGAUAUGUGUUGUCAGAAGAUUAUUUUCUCAUUGUCUAUUUUUUUAAUUUCUUU